CUCAUCAACAAGCCUUCCAAAUCUCCCUCCCUCUCCCCCUUCUACACUCUCUCCACAUCCUCCCAACCCUUUCCUCCCUCCUCAGCCAUGUCUGACUACACAAACAAUCUCAAGCUUCCUUCUCCCUUCUCCUUCACAGAAAUUGCCCAUUUUGCAGAGCUCGGUGAGAAUGCCAUGGAAAAUCCAAGCCCACACUUCACACCAGAAGCCUUCAGCUUUCCUUUAGUCCAUAAUCUUCCAAACUUUUUACCACAUGAUCAUCACAAACCUGUCUCAGAACCUGCAACCGAUAACAAGAGGAAGCAAUCAACUGCAAACCAUUUGGAAGAAGAAGAGAACUCUAAAAGAAGGAAGGAAGGUUUGAAAGAGAGUGCAAGGAGUAGGAAUUCAGAUGGAGGAGAGAAACAGAAGGAGGUGGUUCAUGUGAGGGCCAGAAGAGGCCAAGCUACUGACAGCCAUAGCUUAGCUGAAAGGGUGAGAAGAGAGAGAAUAAAUGAGAAGAUGAGAUGCUUACAAGAUCUAGUUCCUGGCUGCUAUAAGGUACAUAACUACCUAUUUAUAGUGCACUUCAUUUGA